GUGAUCAAGUGGUCUGGACUGGAUACUAUGGCUUAGUGCAUAACCUGGUAAAAAUGUCAUGGGAACUUCAAGGAAACGGGGAAGAGGAUGGACUUAGAAACACAAUAUGGCAAACAUUACAGAAAAUAAAGGAUUAUGAGACAGAUGCACGAAUCCAAAAUGCAAUAAGUGUAGCUCAGGCUGAGUUAGGUGACACAAGUGAUCCUUUCACUAGAUAUAGUACAAAAGUGCCCUCAAACGAAGAGAAAGAAGUUUUCUCCAAAUAUAUUGGAUGGAGAAUGGCCAGUGCACUUUCCAAACUGUUCUUUUCCUCCAUUGAUAUUCAUCUUCUUCCUUUGAAGAAACCAUCGACAAAACGGGAUCAAAUGAAACACCUGAAUAAAAAGCAGAAGUCCAUAAAGAGGAGAGUUCUACAUUUUACUGUAAGGGAACAUCCUUCUGUAUCAGAACUUCCCAUGUUUCCAUACCCAGAUUUCUUCGCCAAGGCGGAUAAAGAAUUGGCAAAAAUCAUUGACCAUCACUGGCAGAAAGAGCUAAUGAUCCGACAGAAAGAAGAUGCAAUAUGUGAGGACAAAGAACUUAAAGACAAAGAGUUACAGGAGAUAAAACACUUCCAAGAAGUUAUGAAGAAAAGAGAAGAGAAACUACAUAAGCAAACCAAACCCUAUGAGCUUCCUCUUAGGACUGAAGAAAUUUCAUUAGAAAAUAAUUGA